CACGUGCAUGCCGUUGACAUAAAAAACAUAGUAUUAAAACACAAUACGGAAUCUGUUACCCACCGAUCACCAGAGCGAUGGAAACUACGAGUAACGAAGCCGUUGACUUUAGAUCGGAGUUUCUCCGUGUUCUUCGUAGUCGACGAUCACCAGAAGUUCCAUUGGUAGCUGAGUGUACAAAGCCAGUGGAAGAUCCUGUGUUUCAGAAUGAUGUUCCAUCUACGGAAGCACUAGAGUCUUGUCCGAAGGAAAAUAUUAAUAACUUGAAAGAGAUGCUUAAAGAGGAAAACCUUCAUCUGCACACUGAGGCUGCAGAGCAAGGAAGAUUGCCUUUGCUUAUCUUAAGCUUGAAAGAGAAGAGUGAAGAAAGAAGACCAGCGAUUGUGUUUAUGCAUGGCACCAACACAAACAAAGAGUGGUUAAGGCCAUGGCUUGAAGCAUAUGCUUCACGUGGAUAUGUAGCCAUUGGUUUAGACUCUCGCUACCAUGGAGAAAGAGCUGGCACCAAAACUGCCUAUAGAGAUGCUCUUAUUUCAUCUUGGAAAAAUGGAGACACAAUGCCUUUUAUCUUUGAUACUGUCUGGGAUCUGAUCAAACUAGCUGAAUAUCUUACUCAGAGAGAAGAUAUAGACCCUAAAAGGAUAGGAAUCACCGGUAUCUCACUAGGAGGGAUGCAUGCUUGGUUUGCUGCUGCAGCUGACACUCGCUAUUCCGUGACUGUACCUUUAAUUGGUGUUCAGGGUUUUAGAUGGGCAAUAGAUAAUGAUGAGUGGGAAGCAAGAGUCAACAGCAUAAAGCCUUUAUUUGAAGAAGCAAGGAUUGAUAUGGGAAAGAGCGAGAUCGACAAAGAAGUGGUUGAGAAGGUGUGGAACAGAAUAGCUCCUGGCCUAGCCUCUCAGUUUGAUUCUCCUUACUCGUUACCAGUGACUGCUCCACGGCCUCUUUACCUCCUUAACGGCGCUAAGGAUCCUCGCUGUCCUCUUGGUGGACUAGUUGUUCCUUUAGAAAGAGCUCAAAAGGCUUAUGAGGAAACUGCUUCUCCUGGAAACUUCAAGUUUGUAGCAGAAGAUGGAGUUGGACACGAAGUAACAAGCUUUAUGAUCAAAGAAACAUCAGAUUGGUUUGACAAGUUCCUUAAACAAGGAAGCGUUACUUCUAAUUAAAACUGCAAUACAAUAAUUGUAAACCAAUAAACUCGUAUUCAAUAAGAAGGAAACAUCUCCUUUGUAACCUUACAUGUGAAUCUUUUAGUAAUGUAACAAGUGGAUCAUCCUUUCUUAGGC